AGACCUUAAAAAAAAUUGUCAGACCUCUUUUAGCACGCUAGUGUAUAACACGUGUAUUAGACGGUUUCUGGUAGCUGCAGCAGAAUAGAAGUUAUUAACGUGAAUAACGUGAACUAGUUACAACAUAUGCUGAUUUAUACAAAUGUAACCGGUUAUGAGUAAAGUUUCACUUCCUGGUGUGUGACUUGAAACUGCCACUUUAUGAGGCGAGUGUAUUAAACCAACGCUAUAUCAUGUCUUCACCUGUGGGUGAAGCGAUCAGACUCUGCAGAGACGAGGAGCUGAAACUAACCCAAACUAUCCGACAAUAUAAAGACAUUUUACGGUCCAUGAAAACACAUGUGAAAGACAGCAGUGAAGCGGAAACGUCGACCAGCGUGAAACAUGACGUUCCUCUGGAAGAGAGACAAGAGGUUGAGCUCCUAGAACAAGCUCUGAAAAAGGCUUUCAAAAUCCGCAGCAGCUCUGCAGUUAGCGCGAUUUACCAAGAAAAAACAUUUUCAAGUAGCAUUGCUAGAAAUGCUCCUGCUGUUAAUGACAGCGAUAAAAGAAACCCACAAAAAUCCUCAUUGACCUUUGAAGUGAAAGGAAGCUGGCAGCGUGGAGAACAAUUAAAACGCAUUGCUGCCCGUGGAGACAGUGCUGCACGGCAGGAUGUGGGCAAAACAGUGCCUUUAUCUCAGCCCACAAUCAAAGGGAAGCAGUCGGGAAUAAAACCUUUUUUGACGCAGAAAACUACAAGAGUCAAUGUCCAGAUAAAGCCCUGUCAGAUGACCAGAUCUUCCCUAGAACCAGACAGAGGUGUGAAGAAUGCCGGUGUAUCUUCUACAGAAGAGAGAACUUCUUCAGAUCAACAGAUAAAAAUGCAAAGUGUAGCAUCAUCUCCUAAAGAGCAAUGGGUGCCCUCUCCUUUUUUACCAUCAUGGCAGACACAACGAGCCAAAAAGAACAAGCUGUGGAAUAAAGUUUUGACCAGACAUUCUAAGGCUGUACCAGAGAGAGACCACUCCAAGAAGAGACUUAUUAGUACUUUUCCCACAGAAUGGGCUUCUGUCCACAAAGCAACCAUGGAAGCAGAGCUGGAUGUCCUUACGCAGCUAGGGCUGGACCUGACUCACUGCUAUAACGCGGAGCUCCAAAGCCACCAAAUGGGAUGGAGUCCAGAACCAUCCACAGAGAAGGAAUAUGAAUCUCUACUAAUGCUGGCAGGCCUGGAAAAAAUGAUGGGCCUGGUCAUUAAGGAAGCUGGUCGCCUCAAAAAAGAUUGGGAGAGGAAGAUGGCAUGGUGGCAUGGAGCAUUGUGUCCACUGCGCAGUAGGGUUGAGUGGCACAUCUCAGGGCAACCCUGUCUGCCCCCAUUACUGGCCUAUAGCAGCAAGGUAGAGCUAGAAGAUCUGCACAGCCUGAGACUACAGGUAGCUCAGCUGAAGCUGGAGAUCCACAUGCACCAGGCCAUGUGUGAUGCACUCCUAUAUCUGAUCAGUGAUUCCUCCUCCUCUGGGCACCUCAGUGCUACAGCCCUACGUGGUGUGUAUUCGCUUCUGGGAGAGGGAGGUGCUCAAUUUCCGAGCCUGGUUUUGGACAUCGAUUCAGUUCAAACAUAAAGAAAGACGACAUUCAUUUUCACAUCGAGUGGACAAAGUGAUGACCCUGGACUGAUUUAGGCCCUAUGCACAGAUUGGAUACUAUGCUCCUACACCAGACACAAGCAGGAUUUUUAUGCUGUAUGUGUUCGACAGAUGUCUAUUCAAAUGCCUCUUAUCUGCUGUGUUAAAUACUGAUAGCCAAGAGCCUGCAGCUGCUUGGCUGCAGCAGGAAUAAAUCUGCCAGCUGCAGUUAACAGCUGUCUCUCAUCUAUUUACCUCCAUUUUAAAUCAGGAGUUGAUCUGUAAGCUCAUCAGCAGCUUUUACAUUUCAAGUAUCUAUAUUACAAAGUCUGUUAAUAUGCAUGUUGUGGUCUCAUGUGUCUCAUGAGUCAUGUUUUUCUGAGUUUUUACCAGACAGCACCAUGAUACAAAUUAGAUUAGAUUAAGCUGUGCCUGCCCCCCCGGUUUGCACCUUCUGCCAUUACAUAGAUUAUUGUGUGUGUUGAAAGCAACGAAACAUGCAAAAUAAGAAGAUUGAGCACCUGGGGGUUUCUUGAUAGUGCUUGAAAUGGUAAUCACAAUUUUGCAAAGAAUUUGGGAAUAAAUUAGAUUUUAUUUUACUAUUGAAAUUUAAAUCUCCAGAGGACAAUCACUGAACUUUUAUAAUCCUGUAUCCUCUUAAAUGUGUAAACCAUUUAUAUAAAAAUAAGAAUUAUGCAUAGAAACACAAACACAAUUGGUCCAUAAAUAAAUGACAGCCAAGUGCUUGUUAAGAAUUUAGAUUGCAUAGGCAAAAAGUUAUUUAUUUGUUUCCAUCUCACUCAGAUAUUCUGUCUGUGAUCAGUGGAUUAUUUUUAAUUAUUCUGCAGGCUUAAAGAAGUUAUUACAUACUAUAAUGCAAGAACCAAUAUAGGCAGACACAUUUAUACAAUUAGUUACCAUUUGUAUUAUUUCCUGUUAUUUUGGGAAAAGGGAGAAUGUCUCUAUUCUACAACUGACUUAAAAACAGAAUUGUGUAGUUUAUGAAUAAGACAGCAGUGUUUAUUGUCUGCAGGUCUGAUUUAAAAAAAAUCUAUUCUUGGGUAUCUAGCAAAUAUAUCCCAUAAGAACAGGCAAACACAUUUGGCAGAGUAUACAUAUUAGCUGGGCCUUCAAAUAAAAUACUACUGGAAAUAAAUUGCUUAUCAAAAAAUA